AUGACAACAGAAUAUUCUACUUUAUUUGGAGACAUUCGACCCGAUCUUAUUCGAAAUGAAACGUUACCAAAUCUAUUUGAUGCUACUGUUCAGAAAUAUUAUUUUAAUACAGCCAUUAUGGAUGGUGAACGUAGUUGGACCUACGGUCAAAUCGAUGAACAAUCUAAUAUCAUAUGUAAUGGACUUUUAAAAGCUAAUAUCGGACGAGGUGAUAUAGUUGGAUUAUGGAUGGCACGUGGUGUAGACGUUUUAAUUGCACAAAUAGGAAUAACAAAAUCAGGUGCUGCUUGGUUACCAUUUGAUGCAGCUGCACCUGCGGAUCGAAUUUCAGCCUGUUUAUCUGAUGCAGGAGCCAGGAUCCUUCUAACCAACAAAUAUGGUUCAAAACAAAUAUCGAAUAUCGAUCAUCCUAUAUUUCUUUAUGAAGAUAUAAUCAGAGACAAUCCGAGGGACUUUGAAAUUUCUCAUAAUCAUCCCUAUAUGCAUGAUCCUGCAUAUCUGAUUUAUACAUCAGGAUCCACAGGUACUCCUAAAGGUGUUGUUAUUAGCCACAGCAAUAUUUGUCAUUUUCUGCGUGCUGUCAAUGAGAUUUAUGAGUUUUCUUCUGAUGAUACUGUUUUUCAAGGAAGUUCAAUAGCAUUUGAUUUAUCCAUGGAAGAAAUCUGGCUAUCGUAUAUGGUUGGUGCCAAAUUGUUUGUUGCUAAUGGUGAAGUCAUGAUGGACAUUGAGCAUUUACCCAAUGUAAUGCAACAGAUGGGCAUAACUAUACUUGAUACAGUACCGACAUUACUUUCACUACUAACAACGGAUAUUCCAUCAUUAAGAAUGGUUAUAACAGGAGGGGAACCUUUACCAGCUCACCUCAUUAAUCGUUACGCAAAACAGAAAUGUAGAUUGUUCAAUAGUUAUGGACCUACAGAAACAACAGUGGUAGGAACGGUUGCUGAAAUACGUAUUGGUGAGUUCAUCUCAAUUGGUAAACCGAUUCCAAAUUACACAUGUUAUGUAGUAAAUGAACAAAUGCAAAUUGUUCCUAUGGGCAAACAAGGUGAACUGCUUGUUGGUGGUCCCGGAGUAGCUGAAGGAGGAUAUUUAAAUCGAUUAGAUCUUACAAAUCAAAAAUUUAUUGUUAAUCCGUUUCAGGAUUCUCGUUGGCCUAUACUUUAUCGGACAGGCGAUUUAGUGAGCAUAAAUUUUGAUGGUAAUCUUUUAUUUCAUGGUAGAAUUGAUGAUCAAUUAAAGAUUCGUGGAUUUCGUGUUGAAAUUGGUGAAAUUGAAGCAAAAAUACAACAGAUGCCACACAUCAUUCAAGCUGUUGUAUUGCUGCGUCGUGAUAAUGAUAUUGAUCGUCUUUGUGCUUUUCUUGUCGUUGAAACCGAUGCUGAUCUUAAUUUAUCGGAAUUGCGAAUGAACUUACUUAUGAUUCUUCCCGCCUAUAUGGUUCCUGCUUAUUAUCAAAUUAUUCCUAGUCUACCUCGUCUGUCUUCGGAUAAAAUCGAUUACAACAGUCUAAGAACUAUGUUGCUAACUACCGCUGUGUUAGAAAAUACUCAAGAUGAGGAAUCAUUCACACAAACUGAGAAAACGGUUUUAGCUGCAGCUAGGCGAGUAUUCCCUGAACAACUUGUAUCCUUAGACAGCGACUUCUUUACCGAUUUGGGUGGACAUUCAUUGGUUGUGGCAACGUUUGUAUCUGUUGUUCGUGAAACAGCAAGUCUAACUGAUAUUACUAUUCGUGAUGUAUAUAUGUAUCGAAUACUCAAAACUAUAGCUGCAGAACUGGAUGUUCGACAUGAAAAAACAAGCGUUUUGAAGAAGGACUUAUCAUUUAAAUGUCCGUCAUUGCAACGUCGGUUUUUAUGCGGUUUCGGUCAAGCACUCGCCUUGCCAUUUAUCGUGUUUCUGAUGAUGUGUCAGUGGCUGGCUUUGUACGCUUCUUCCGUUGUUCUUAUUCGAGAUACGUUCUCGAUAUGGACAGAAAUGGCUAUACUUUUACCCCUUUAUUUGGUUCUUACAAUCAGUAUUCAAAUAUUAGUGGUGGGACUCAAAUGGGUUAUUUUGGGACGAACAAAACCUGGUUGUUAUCCACUGUGGGGAUCGUAUUAUUAUCGAAUAUGGUUGGUUCAGCGUUUGUUAAACGUGGCCAAUAGUAAUCAUUUACAAAGUUCACCUUUAAUGCGCAUAUACAUGCGCGCGCUUGGUGCUCAGAUUGGUCGAGACGUCGUCAUUGCCAAAUGUGAGGUGAGUGCAUUUGAUCUAAUUACAAUUGGUGAUGGUGCGAGCAUCGGUAAUGGAACAAAUUUUGCAAAUGUUAAGGUUGUGGGAAAUCAAGUGAUUGUAGGCAGUAUUUUUAUUGGUACAAAUGCUUCUCUAGGAAGUUCUUGUGUUUUAGAACCAAAUACAGUUGUAGCAGCUGGUGCAGAACUUGCAGAUUUAACUGCUUUGCAGUCUGGUACAGUGGUUCAGCCACGUGAAUACUGGAACGGCUCACCAUCCCGUAAAAUUAGUAUGGUAAACGAAGCAAGUUUUCCAGAGGCUCCUAAGCCAAAUCGUUUUAUACGUAUGGCUCAGUUAGUAAUUUAUAUCAUUAGUUAUUGUCUCUUGCUAAUAAUAGAUCUAUUACCAAUCUUUCCUGCCUUUUCUUUAUUUUAUUAUUUUGAUAAAGUCAUAAACGGUGAAUCAAAAUUAGGAGUUUCCUUGUUGACCCUCCUUACAUUAGGUUUACCAACUUCGUUCAUGUUAAUUAUUCUUUCAAUAACUGUGGUCAUUGUACUGCGAUGGGUUAUACUACCACGACUGCGUCCUGGGUUUUAUUCUAUUCAUAGUUGGUUAUAUAUUCGCAAAUGGAUGGUAGGGUUGGCUGUUGAACUAGCAUUGGACACUGCAUAUUCAGUCCAUUCAACAGUUUUGAUGCGUAACUGGUAUCGUUUAAUGGGAGCCAAAAUUGGAAAAGGUACGGAAAUUUCAACAGAGUUUGGUACUCAGUAUGAUAUGAUCGAACUAGGUGAGCAUAAUUUUAUUGCUGAUGAUUCGGUAAUAGCUGAUGAAACGAUUUGCCGAGGAUGGAUGAUUUUGCGUCCAGUCAAAACAGGCAAUCGGGUUUUUAUUGGGAAUUCGAGUAUCGUACCUGGUGGUACUAUUAUCGAAGAUGAUGGGCUUCUUGGAGUGCAAUCUAAAACUCCAGAGUCAUUACAUGUAUUAAAAUCUGAAAGUUAUAUCGGAAGUCCUCCAGUAAGUCUGCCUCAACGGCAAACGUCCGCCGCUGACUAUCAUUCGACCUAUAAUCCAUCACUUUAUCGUAGAACAGGAAGAAUUGCAUUUGAAUGUAUACAUAUGUCUAUUCCAACGGCCAUCUUAAUUUGUAUGGGAACUAAAACAGGGGACAUGAUUGCUAAAUAUAUUCAAACUGGAAACGUGAUUGGCGCUAUUCUAGUUUUUGUUCUUGCCUGUUUGGUAAUUCCAGUCAUACUUUUCUUAACAGUAGUAGCGUUGAAGUGGAUACUAAUGGGUACUUAUAAACCAUCUUCGCAUCCUUUGUGGUCAUGGUGGGCCUUACGUACAGAAGCCAUUGUUGUUUUAUAUGGCGGGCUUGCCAAUGCGGCCUUUCUUGAGCAUCUACGAGGAACUCCAUUUCUUCCUUGGGUACUACGUCUUCUUGGCGCAAAUAUUGGUCAGGGUGUCUAUAUGGACACUACAGAGAUAACUGAAUUCGACUGUGUUAGUAUUGGUGAUUAUGCGGCACUAAAUAUGUCAUGUGGUCUUCAGACACAUCUCUAUGAAGAUCGUUUAAUGAAAAUAGGAGAGAUACGUAUUGGUACUGGCGCGACAAUAGGAUCGAAGACAAUAGUUCUUUACCAUACAAGAGUUGGCGACUUUGCACAUUUAGGCCCAUUAACUCUUAUAAUGAAAGUAGGACUUUUAAACCGUUCUACAGCACGCAAAGAAGAUUUUGUUUGCGUUGCUGAACCGAUACGUGAUUCAAUAGCGCAAGUUAUAUUAAGAUUUGUUAAUACGAGAUGGAUUGAGAUUGGGUUCAUGCCACAACGGUGUAAAUCAGAUGUAGAAAACUGUGAUCGUUAUAGACGUGCUAAACUAUAUCUGACAUCAACAAUGUCUAAAAUUCGAUUACAGUUUAUGUUGCAUAUAUCAAGAACAAUAUUUAAAAAAUUUUUAACAUGGUUUCAACAAGAAGGUGCACUAGUUCAUAUGUUAUAUGAUCGAUGCAGUGAUUUAUUGAAGACAGUAUGCUUAUCAUUUAUUAAAAAAGAUGUUAUUGAAAACAAAACGGUUGACGAAUUAUUGAAUCUUAGUUUUGAUUUACACAACAACGACCAACAAAACUCAACAGUUGAAAUCGGUGAAAUGGCAAGAAAAUCGUUAAAUAAGUUGACUCUUGAAGAGAAAAAACAGUUUUUUGUUGACGUGCGCUCAUUUUAUUGUAAAAUUAUUAAAGCAUUGAUUCGUACAUUACCAUUGAAAAAUAAACUAUUAAAAGAUUUGAAAUGUAUCCAGCCAUCAAUGAGAAAUGAAGAUGAAAGCAGCUCCUGCUAUGGUAGUGGUACACCUAAUUGUCGAAGCUAG